AUGACUGUAAAUCCUAAUAACACGCUCGGUGCUCUCCAAGUGGGGGGCUCGAUCAUGGUAUUUUUGUUUGGAAUUGAUACCUUGCAGACCUAUUACUACUUCAAAAGAUAUCCGAACGAUCGCCUCUGGAUAAAGCUGCUGGUGGUCUGGAUAUGGCUGGAAGAAAUCGGUCACACAGUCUCGGUUCUGAGUGGAAUGUAUCUCCUUACUGUGACACAGUUUGGACAGCCAGACGCGCUCGCCGUGACUACCAUGCCGACUGGUUACGCGUGGUCAAUCGUAUUCAGUGGCUCAGUAGGAUCUAUCGUGGAGGCCUUCUUUGCCCACCGUAUGUACGUGCUGUCAAAAUCGUGGUACCUCCCGUCCAUCGCCUGGACUCUUGCAUCAUUCCGAUUUUGUGGGAGCAUGGUUGCGGCGGCAAAGGUAUUUGGAAACAUAUCUUUAGACGUUUUCUCGACAAAAUGGCGGUGGUUAAUCACCGCCUGCUUUGCCACGGGUGCGGGAGCCGACCUCAUUGUUGCAGGAGGCCUGUGUUAUUAUAUUCACCGUGAAAAACGUGUUGCGAUGGGGCAGACGACAAUGAGAAUACUCGACCGCCUCUUGGCGUACACCGUCGAAACUGGCCUGGUCCUAAGCAUGAGCGCGGUUGUAAUUCUCAUCAUAUGGGGUACAACUCCACAUAGCUGUGAGAACUUUGUCCAGAUCAUCUGGUGGUUCGGCAUCUUCCUAUUUUACACCGAGGGUAAUAACUCAAUUCUCAUCACUCUGCAAGCGCUCAUCCCUCGUUCCUUAGUUUUUGCAAACUCUUUGAUGGCAUCCCUGAACACUCGAAGGGUCCAUGAAGAUGUUGCUGGUGGAACCGUCAUCAGUCUGCCGCGUAAUGCACAGAUCCGCAGUGCAGACCGUUCCAUAGGUAGCCGUGUCCAGAAUUUCAUGAGAGAUCCUUCAAAAUCCGAGUACGACAUGGAUAUCGAACGUUAUGAACUAUCACACGAGAUUUCUACCGACAGUUCUGGAUACACAGGUGAUCAAUUUCAACGGCAGGCGUUUCUCGAGACGUUUGCGUUAAACACGAUAGGCUGUCCUAUAGCCCCUUUUCUCCAUGCCGCGGGCGCCGGUCAAAACCUACCCUUAUCCCCAUACGAUCUAUCAAUCUUUGUGGCUGAAAGAUCGGCGUUUCGACUGCUCUGUCUGCUCGUUCAGGGUGACCCAGGCGUUUAUAUCUUCCAGAUUCGUUCGAAGCAAUUUGAAGUAGAUACGGCACCAUGCUAUUUCUAUCCUAUGCAGUGGUCUAUGAUGGAAAAUGUUUGCUAUUUUAAGGGACAAUUUAAUGCCCAGGUGUGGGAUCCCGAGUCCAGUCCCGGCCGGCCGUUUGAGACGCGCAAAACCUGGUAA